CAUCAACAAUAAGCUGCAGCAGCCAGAAGCAGCAUCUGGGGUUCUGGAAUAUGCCAUGAAACAUUUUGGUGAGCUGGAAAUCCAAGCCACCUGGUAUGAGAAGCUACAUGAGUGGGAAGAUGCCUUGGUAGCAUAUGACAAGAAGAUCGACAUGAACAAAGAGGAUCCAGAGCUCAUCCUGGGGCGAAUGCGCUGCUUAGAGGCUCUGGGAGAAUGGGGCCAGUUGCACCAGCAGUGUUGUGAAGAAUGGACACUUGUCAGUGAAGAAACGCAGGCCAAGAUGGCGCGCAUGGCUGCUGCUGCUGCCUGGGGUCUAGGACACUGGGACAGCAUGGAAGAGUACACAUGUAUGAUCCCUAGAGACACGCACGAUGGGGCUUUUUAUAGAGCAGUGCUAGCCCUUCAUCAGGACCUCUUCUCAUUGGCCCAACAGUGCAUUGACAAAGCAAGAGACCUCCUGGAUGCCGAGCUGACUGCCAUGGCGGGAGAGAGCUACAGUCGAGCCUACGGGGCCAUGGUGUCUUGCCAGAUGUUGUCAGAACUAGAGGAGGUAAUCCAGUAUAAGCUGGUGCCAGAGAGAAGGGAAAUCAUCAGGGAAACAUGGUGGGAGAGGCUUCAGGGCUGUCAGCGCAUUGUAGAGGAUUGGCAGAGGAUCCUAAUGGUCAGAUCUCUGGUCAUCAGCCCCCAUGAAGACAUGAGGACCUGGUUGAAAUAUGCCAGUCUUUGUGGCAAGAGCGGACGCCUGGCACUGGCCCAUAAGACCCUGGUCCUCCUCCUAGGUGUUGACCCCUCCAAGCAACUUGAUCACCCAUUGCCUACAACCCACCCUCACGUUACCUAUGCUUACAUGAAGUACAUGUGGAAGAGUGGCCGCAAGAUCGACGCUUUCCAGCACAUGCAGCAUUUUGUGCAAGGAGUGCAACAGCAAGCUCAACACGCCGUUGCAGCUGAGGACCAUCAGCGGAAGCAGGAGCUCUAUAAGCUGAUGGCCAGAUGUUUCUUGAAGCUCGGGGAGUGGCAGCUCAGUCUGCAGGGCAUCAAUGAGAGCACCAUCCCCAAAGUUCUGCAGUAUUACAGCAAUUCAACUGAGCAUGACCGCAACUGGUACAAGGCUUGGCACGCCUGGGCUGUGAUGAAUUUUGAGGCAGUGCUGCACUACAAACACCAAAACCAAGGGCGAGAUGAAAAGAAGAAGCUGCGGCACGCCAGUGGUGCCAGUGCUAAUAGUGAAGCCAGCAACAGCGACAGUGAGGUUGACAGCACUGAUCCCAGUCCUGUGCCCUCACCAGGUCAGAAGAAGGUCAGUGAGGACCUCUCAAAGACGUUGCUCCUGUACACAGUUCCUGCUGUGCAAGGUUUUUUCCGCUCCAUUUCCCUGUCCAGAGGAAAUAACUUGCAGGACACGCUUAGGGUUUUGACUCUGUGGUUUGAUUAUGGUCAUUGGCCCGAAGUGAAUGAAGCUCUGGUGGAAGGCAUCAAGACCAUUCAAAUAGACACCUGGCUGCAGGUCAUCCCGCAGCUUAUAGCUCGAAUCGACACCCCUCGAGCCCUGGUGGGCCGUCUGAUCCACCAGCUGCUAACCGACAUUGGACGAUAUCAUCCCCAGGCUUUGAUCUACCCACUGACUGUGGCUUCAAAGUCCACCACUACCGCCCGCCACAAUGCUGCCAACAAGAUCCUGAAGAACAUGUGUGAACACUGCAACACCUUAGUUCAGCAAGCUAUGAUGGUGAGUGAGGAGCUCAUCCGAGUGGCCAUCUUGUGGCAUGAGAUGUGGCACGAGGGCCUUGAAGAGGCAUCACGUCUGUACUUCGGUGAGCGCAACGUCAAGGGCAUGUUUGCUGUACUGGAACCCCUACAUGCCAUGAUGGAGAGGGGACCACAGACCCUCAAAGAGACCUCUUUCAAUCAGGCUUAUGGGAGGGACCUGAUGGAGGCACAAGACUGGUGCAGGAAGUACAUGCGCUCUGGAAACGUUAAAGACCUGACUCAGGCCUGGGACCUCUACUACCACGUGUUCAGACGCAUCUCCAAGCAGCUGCCACAGCUGACCUCCCUGGAGCUCCAAUAUGUUUCUCCGAAGCUGCUGAUGUGUCGAGACCUGGAGCUUGCUGUACCCGGCACUUAUGACCCCAACCAGCCUAUCAUUCGCAUCCAGUCCAUCGCCCCCUCCCUGCAGGUCAUCACCUCCAAGCAGCGCCCACGCAAACUCACUAUCAUGGGUAGUAAUGGCCACGAAUUCAUGUUCCUGUUGAAGGGCCAUGAGGACUUGAGGCAGGAUGAGAGAGUCAUGCAGCUGUUCGGUCUGGUUAACACGCUUCUGGCAAACGACCCUGCGUCCUUGCGCAAGAACCUCAGCAUUCAGCGCUACGCAGUGAUCCCCCUGUCCACCAACUCGGGCCUGAUUGGCUGGGUGCCCCACUGUGACACCCUGCAUGCCCUCAUCAGAGACUACAGAGAGAAGAAAAAGAUUUUGCUCAACAUUGAACAUCGCAUCAUGCUCAGGAUGGCUCCAGACUACGACCACCUGACGCUGAUGGAGAAGGUAGAGGUGUUUGAACAUGCUGUCAAUAACACAGCCGGAGACGACCUGGCCAAGCUCUUGUGGCUCAAGAGCCCCAGCUCUGAGGUGUGGUUCGACAGGAGGACGAACUACACUCGAUCCCUGGCUGUGAUGUCUAUGGUGGGCUACAUCCUCGGACUGGGUGACAGGCAUCCAUCCAAUUUGAUGUUAGACCGGUUAAGCGGCAAGAUCCUACACAUCGACUUUGGAGACUGUUUUGAGGUGGCCAUGACCAGAGAAAAGUUCCCUGAAAAGAUUCCCUUCCGACUGACUAGGAUGCUAACCAAUGCUAUGGAGGUGACGGGCUUGGAUGGUAACUACAGGAUCACGUGCCACACAGUGAUGGAGGUGCUGAGGGAGCACCGGGACAGCGUCAUGGCUGUGCUGGAGGCCUUCGUCUACGACCCGCUGCUCAACUGGAGGCUUAUGGACACAAACACAAAAGGAACCAAACGCUCCCGCACCAGGACCGACUCGUACACCGCCGGGCAGUCAGUGGAGGCUCUUGAGGGAAUUGACCUUGGAGAGACCACGCACAAGAAAGCAGGGACCACUGUGCCCGAGUCGAUUCACUCCUUCAUUGGAGAUGGCUUGGUACAACCUGAGGCACUCAACAAGAAGGCUAUUCAGAUUAUUAACAGAGUGCGAGACAAACUUACGGGUCGUGACUUCUCUAACGAAGAGACGCUGGAUGUGCCGACACAAGUAGAGCUCCUCAUCAAACAAGCCACCUCACAUGAAAAUCUGUGCCAGUGCUACAUCGGAUGGUGUCCCUUUUGGUGAAGAAGCGUUUCUUCCAGCCAGGAUUUACCCUUGACUCUCUCGCACACUGAUAGAUGAAGUAGGAGCUCUCAGCUCAGAUUGGUAUCCACUGGAAUGUGUCCUCAAGCCACACUGCAGAGCCUAAACAAAGUUUUUCCUCUUUUUUUCGUGUUUUGAUUUCUUUGUUGUUGUAUAAUUGUAUGGUUUGCCAUUUACGUUUAUUAGAAAGUACCUUUAGUGCUUUGUUUUUACCUGAUCAUCAUAAUUUACCAAAUUUUGCAGUCAUUGCUCAUAAUGACCUUGUAAUUUGUAAUUUUUACCAUUAUAUUUACUCGCUAAAUGCUUUCUACAGUGGCCAUAUUGUAAUCACUAAUGACUAUUACUCCACAUACUGCUUUCUUCUCAUAAAGCCACCAGUCUGUUGUAUCAUUGUGUAUGAAUGUGACAAAUUUCAGCAACAUGAUAUGCCUUUUACUAACUUAAACAUUCUUAAGGGGUUUCUGAUGAGCAGAGAUCAGUAAGAAUUUGAUUUCAUUUGAUUUGAGUGGACUGCGAUGUACUGAGUGGGCAUUCGUGUGCCAUUAAACCCUGUAUAGAUACCA